AUGCAAGACAUUUGGGAGCUGUUGUACGUUCAUGGGCACGAAGUCUUUGACUUCUGCACGCUGGCGGAGGCUAGAGGAUCUUUUGUGCAGCAGGUUUACUGGGAAAAAAAGGUAUUAAAAGACGACAACUAUUGUAUUCUCUGCUUUUUGUCAUCACAGGUGGCGACAGACAAGGUUGCAGGAAAGCUGAGCUCUACUCUCUCAUGGGUGAAGAACACUGUAUCGCACACCGUCAGUCAAAUGGCCAGUCAGGUGGCAAGUCCAUCUGCCUCGUUACACACUACAUCCUCCUCUACCACGCUGUCUACACCUGCCUUGUCACCCUCCUCACCAACACAACUGAGUCCAGACGACUUGGAGUUACUCGCUAAACUUGAGGAACAGAACAGACUUUUGGAAACAGAUAGCAAAUCCUUGCGAUCAGUAAAUGGGUCAAGAAGAAAUAGUGGCUCUUCUCUUGUAUCCAGUUCAUCAGCUUCCAGCAAUCUCAGCCAUCUUGAAGAAGAUUCAUGGAUCCUGUGGGGUAGGAUUGUGAAUGAAUGGGAAGAUGUACGGAAAAAGAAAGAAAAGCAAGUUAAGGAGCUUGUUCGAAAAGGGAUACCUCAUCAUUUCAGAGCAAUUGUUUGGCAGCUUCUAUGCAGUGCUCAAAGCAUGCCAAUUAAGGAUCAGUAUUCAGAGCUUUUGAAAAUGACCUCUCCCUGUGAGAAAUUAAUAAGAAGGGACAUUGCUAGAACAUACCCUGAACAUGAUUUUUUUAAAGAAAAAGACAGCCUUGGACAGGAGGUCUUGUUCAAUGUAAUGAAGGCUUAUUCUUUGGUGGAUCGUGAGGUUGGAUAUUGUCAAGGAAGCGCUUUUAUAGUUGGAUUACUGCUUAUGCAG